AGUGAAGUGGUAUAUAUUGGGUUAAAGUCCAUGCGUGUCGAGGGGUUGGAUCUAUCGGGGAACUGCGCCAUCAUCACGCUCUAAUAUCUAGCGACAGAGAAACAAUCGUGGGGUGAUAUUUUGGGCUUUUUGUUGUAGUUAAAAGAUGUCAGUGACAGUGAUGAGGACGGAAGGGGUGACCGUUUUAACCGUGACCAACGAUCGAAAAAGCGACUGUCCUUUGCUGUGUCAGAUCCUGGGGAACCUCUGCUACAGCCCACUAUGCUCUGUAUCCCAGAGGCUCAAGGGGACUUUUGGAGGAAAACAGACAGCCUUGGGGAUGGUCCAGGUCAUGAUUGGAUUGCUAAACAUCAGCAUUGGAGCAAUAGUUGAUGGAUCACGGGGUUAUGAUUGGAAUCGCAUUGUCGGCCAGGCUCCCUACUGGCUUGGUAGUUUGUUCAUCCUCUUUGGUGGAAUGUGCAUUCUUGCAGAGAAGUUUCCAAGCCCUUGUCUGGUUGUCAUUACCGGGAUCAUGAAUUUUAUAAGUGCUGCCUUUGCUGUAACUGCCAUAGUGAUGUAUGCAGUUGGCAUGAAUAUAGUGAUUCAUAGAUCUUACCAUGAUAAUGAUUAUGAUUACGAUCCCACGGCACAACCACCCUCGGAGUCUCAGCAAAAGUUGAUCGAAAGUAGUCGAGCCACUGCAAAGCUUAUGUGGUGUGGAAUGGACAUCAUAAUGAUAGUCUUUGCAGCUCUACAACUUUGCAUUGCCAUAAGUGCUGGUGUCUUGGCAUUUAAGGCUGCUUGCAAGAAGGAAACAGCUGGACAGGAUCCUGAGCUCACCAAGCCUCUUGUUGAUGAAAUCUUGUCCUAUCCAACAGUUUAACAUGGCCAUAUCCAGGGUGCGGAUCAAUCAGAGGGGUGGAUGUUUUUGAUUUUGUUUUUCUUCAUGACAACAAAUCACGAACCACAGUGGGCUAUAUACAGUAGACUAGGCUAUUACAGUAGGCUAUUUCUUGCAAACGUUAAAGUAUGCGCUGGCUUAAAGGUACAGUGUUUAUUUUUAAGUGGUAUCUAUUAGUAGACAUGAAUAAUUGUAUUCAUAAUUAUGUUUUCAUUAGUGUAUAAUUACCUGUAACUGUGAAUCGUUGAGUUUUCAUUAGAGUGAGCCCUUCGUAUCUACAUCGGGUCCUUUUCCACGGAGUCUGCCAUGUUGCACCGCCAUGUUUCUGGACCAAAACACUGGCUCAAGAUAGGGCUUUUUGCGUUGUUGUGUCAUUUGACCAUAGGUACUCGCACAUGCUUGUAGAGGGAAGGGUAUUCAGCUGGAUGCAGUUCAGCAACCUGACCACAAGAUGGCACUAAAAACUACACACUACCUUUAAAUAGAUAAGAUAAAGGCCAGGUGUACAUUGCAAGCACUAGCCAGCAGUAUGUGAUCACUACAAGCACUAGCCAGCAGUAUGUGAUCACUACAAGAUAAUUUUUGUGUAGUAGAGUUUCCUGAACUGAUUGAUCUUUUUGCCCUCCGCAAAUUGUUAACCAGGUAGCUCUCUAAGACAGCUUGAAUAUAUAAAGCUUACCGAUUUGGUUACAGCAGAUAUCAGACAUUCCAACCAUUGGUGCAGCAAAACAGAAAUCUGCCCCAUUCUUUACACCAAUGUGUCAAAACGCAUCUUUUACUAUUUUAAUUGUCUUUGUUAUUUGUUAAUGUCCACUUGUCCGUCCCAUCCUUUGAGACAUUCUGGCAGUUCCCCUCAGCCAGGGAGUUGCCCUCCAUCCUAAGAACAGUUGCUCUUGUAGUCGCAUUCUCACUUAAUAUUUCUAGGAUUAUUUUUUUAAGGGGCCGGUAAAAUAUGACUACUUUCAUUUGGCUAGCUAUUUACAGUUUACACAUUGGUGACAUUCUGAAAAUCCGAUCAAGGCCAAUGCAACCAGGAUCAUCACUAACCGCGUUGUGAUCUGUCACGCUGUCACCUCUCACGCUGUCACCUCUCACGCGGUCACACCAGACAACAGGAACAGUAAUAUUUCUGAUUUUAUUGUUGUUUGCACUAUAGACAGUUCUGUUCUAGACGUCGCAGCGCUUGAUUGUAUAUUUAAAAUAAUUUCAUUUGAGGUGUUAUAUACGGUCUUUUGGUGAAGUAGCAUUAAUCACUACGGGGGGAUAUAUUUUGUCUCCAGGAAGGGAUACUUUUGGCCAUUUCUAACCAUAUACACCACUGUAAUAUGUUAGUCUGUCUGCCAAACUCUUUAUGUAAACUGAUUUUUCUAGUUGGCUUUGAAUUUAGCUUGCCCACUAUCUGCAACUGGUAAUGUUUUUCCAAGAAUAUAUCAAACUCAUUAAAUAUAGACUGCAUGAAUA